UCAAGAUGUGUGCUUUGCCGCUUUCAAAAGUACUUCCUCAACGCAAGACUAAUAGUUUAGAUGCUGAACGAGAAAAUUUUGAAAGAUCACAGAGUGUAAGCAUUUCAAAAGCAAUUAAUACCCAGGAGUCGCCUGUUAAAGAGAAGCAUGUUCGAUCUACGAUCAUUGGAACAUUUAGUGAGAAAGGUGCUGGAACAUUCUGGACUGUUGUAAUGAAACUUCCGCUGCAAGGGAAUCCUAUUGUUUGUUGGAAAUUUUGCCAUGUAUUACAUAAAGUUAUCAGAGAAGGACAUCACAAUGCUAUUUUAGAUUCACAGAAGUACAGAACAAGCAUAAAAGAUCUCGGAAAACUAUGGGGACUACUGAAAGAUGGCUAUGGUCGUCUAAUCCAGUGUUAUUGUACUUUGGUGACAAAAUUGGAUUUUCACCGAAAAAAUCCCAGAUUUCCUGGCAAUCUUUCUGUUACAGAUGAAAAGUUAGAUGAUAUUGGAGAAAGAGAUGUUAAUGUCUUUUUCCAACUAAGCUGUGAAUUUUUUGAUUACAUGGAUGACAUACUUGCUCUACAGUUAGCAGUGUUCGGUUCUCUGGAUAUGUCUCGGUCAAACUCAAUGACAAACUGUGGGCAGUGUCGUCUUGCUCCCCUCAUUCCUUGUAUUCAAGACUCAAGUCAGCUUUAUGAUUAUACUGUUAAAGUACUGUUUAAACUUCAUGCAGCACUUCCCCCUGAUACACUUUCAGGACACAGAGAGAGGUUUAUGAAGCAAUUUGAAAUAUUAAAACAAUUUUAUUUAAGUGCAAGUAACCUCCAGUAUUUUAAGCAUUUAAUUCAUGUUCCUUUACUCCCAGAAAAUCCACCAAAUUUUCUAAUAGCAUCUGACCUAAGUGCUCAUGUAAGCCCCGUGGUUAUUCUCCCUCCUCAUGCAGAUACUCCAGAAAAUGAAACGGUUGAUAUGAAUCUGGUUGAUACUACUGUGCCAAAGUCUUGCCCAAGCCCUGAUGUUUUGGAUGGAGUUUUUAGUCACAAAAGUCCUCUUGAGUAUCCUCAUAGCAAUGGAUCAAGUUCGCCAGACCAAAUGUCAGACAAGGAUCUCUUAAUUGAACGUUUGCAAAAAGAUAUUGAGAUGCUGAGAAUGGAUUUUCAAAGGAUGAAAAUUGAGUAUGAGAGAAAAAUUGAUGAUUUUAAACGCCAAAUGGUUGGUCUUGAAGCACAUAUAACUGAGCAAGACCAAACUAUCAAGAACCUAAAAGAUGAAAACGAUAGUUUGAAGCAAAAUGAUACCAUAGAAGAUUCAUCUGAACUUAACCUGAAGCUAAAUGAAGCGGAAAAAAAAGCCAAAGUUCAAGAAGAAAAAUUUUGUAAAAUGAAAGAAGUUUAUGCCAAGCUUAGAGAAGAACACAUAGGUCUUCUACGAGGGAAAGCUGAAUUGGAUAAGCAGCUAUCUAUGUUAAAAACAUCAGCUGAAACAGUUGAAAGUGAAAAACAGGUGCUUACUGCAAAAAUUGCUGAGCUUAGUGCAUCUAAACAAUUAGAAACUGAACAAUUGCAGAAAUCAGAAUCCCUUGAAGUGCAAAUUAAUAGUUUAGCUUCUGAAAACACAACAUUGCAAAAGAGAAAUGAGGAUUUACAGAAUGAGUUAUCCAUUGCACAAUCCAAACAUUCAAGUCUUGAAAAUGAAUUCAAUGUUGUAUCAGGAAAUGUACAAGAGCUUAAAAACAAAUUAACGAUGUUAAGUGAACAGUGUGAGUCAUUAGAAAAGACAAAUAAGUUAGAAUCAAAUAAAAAAUAUCAUUAUUUAGAAUGUGUGCUGAAAGAGGCUGAACAUAUUAUACAAAUAGCUGUUGAAGAUCUUGACAGUCCUUCCCUUGCUGUAAAUAAUUGUGCUCCAGAGUAUUUCCUUCAGCAUUUAAACAAUAUAACAAUUGUUGGAGAACAGUUUCAAAACUCUUAUGUUAGAUUUACAGAUAAUCCUGAUGAUAUGGCAGACAUCUUGCAAUCUGUAACUUAUUUUUCCCAUUUAUUGUCAAAUGUCUUAAUGGAAGGUAAAGCCACAUCCAAUGCUUCACCCAACAUUGAACAAGGGGACCAACUUGCUUCGGCUUGCAAACAUUUAGGAUUAGAUGCGUUAAGUUUAUUAAGAAAAUUUCAGAAAAAAGCUCCAAAAUCGGAAAUGAUUGAAGAAUUCACUAAAAUAUCUGAAGCUAUAGUCAAUGCAAGAAAAAUUAUGGAAGCUCUGGUACCUAAUAUGGCUCAAGACCAAACCCAAAAUUUUGGCGAUGUUUUUGAAAGGGAAUUGAAGCAGAUGGACCUAGAUAUUGAACAAGCUGCUUUAAGAAUACAAGAAAUGUUGAACAAAAGCCGAGCUGGAGAUUCGGGUAUGAAGCUAGAAGUAAACAGCAAGAUUUUAGAUUCCUGUACAAGUUUAAUGCAGGCAAUAAAAGUUUUGGUCCAUGCAUCCAAAAAUCUUCAAGAAGAAAUUGUUUCUCAGGGAAAAGGAACUGCAUCAGUUAAAGAAUUUUACAAUCGUAACCAUCGAUGGACAGAAGGUCUAAUCUCUGCUGCUAAGGUUGUUGGUUUAGGAGCACGAUUUCUAGUCAAUGCUGCUGAUAAAGUUGUAAGCAAACAAACCAAAUUUGAGGAAUUGGUUGUUGCAUCACAACAAAUAGCUGCAGCAACUGCGCAACUAGUUGUAGCAUCUCGCGUGAAAGCAGAGAGAGGAAGUGAGAAGUUAUCAAAAGUGUCACAAGCAUCAAAAAGUGUUACGGAAGCCACGGGCCAAGUUGUUGCAACUGCUAAAAGUUGUGCCGAAAUGGUUGAAGAAUCUGAAGAAAUGGAUUUUUCAAAGUUAACUCUACACCAAGCUAAGCGUCUGGAAGUCGAAUCUCAGGUUCGAGUUUUGGAGCUUGAAAGUAUGCUUGUAAAAGAACGAGUAAAAUUAGCUGGUCUUAGGAAAAAGCAUUAUCAACUAGCUGGAGCUAGUGAAGGAUGGGAAGAAGAGGAUUUUGCUCACUGAAACUCAUCAGUUUGAUCCUGAGCAAAAGCACAUUCUAAUCAACUAUGCUGUAUUUGCAAACACUUGC